AUGAGCACUGGAUAUUUGAACGAAACUGGAAUAGACCUUGGGUCUUUUGAAAUUACAUGUUUCAAAGGAUCAAAUACGAUUACUGCUCAUCCUGAUUCUUGUUAUGAAGUUGUGACCAAUGAUAUUGAAAUCAAAUAUCAGUUUCCGAAAGAAUCAUCAAUGUCUCGAAUCAUACUAAGCAAUAUAACCAUCAAUAACACGACUCCAUUGUACAUCAGUUUAUUGGAUUUUUUUGUAAAUGAAGAAGAAGAACAUAUUUUCUGUCCACUUGAAAUCGAAAAGUGGAAGAAUUGCCUUGUAAAACUCAAGUUUGGAAAAACUGACCCAAUCUCCAUCGAUACAAUCACAAUGAAGCAUGGGGAUUUAUAUACAAACAUGUACUCAUUAGUGAAUGAGGAGACUCGAAAGAAUAAAAUUUCAGAGUAUAGGCCAAUUAUAGCCGUUCCUACAGUGAUGUCCCCGGAGCAUUUGAAGUUGCUCUCUAAAACUAUGCUUUGCUACAAUCUUCCCAAGCCUAUUUUCGUUGAAGGCAGCAUAGCAUUCGGUGUUUCCUUUGGCUUUUUGACAUAUCAAGCUAUGAGGAAGAAAGAAUACGUGGUUGUUGUAAACUGCGGAGAUGUUUUCCUCACUGUUUCUGUGAUCGAAUUCAAGAAGAACGAAAUGAAGAUGAUGUACACCAAGUCAGCACAAUUUGGAGGACGCAUUUUAACGAAGCGGCUUCGCGAUUUUGCAAUCAGCAAAUCGAAUCGGAAGGAUGUUUCCUCCUUAACGGAGUACCAGUUGCUUCAAGAGAUGGUGAAAUGGAAGAAUCAAAUCAACACUCACCAGAUCAAUACGACGAUGAUGUCGAUUAUCGGAGCCUUUGGAAACGAAAACGACGACGAUUUGGAGCUUCUGAUCAACCACUCCGAGUUUGAGGAUUACUGCAAGGAGAGUUUGAAGCCGUUCGAGGAGGUUUUGCAAGUGACAUUGAAGUACUUGGAAAGCAAAAAGAUUAGUAUGUAUUCGGUUGUUCCGAUGGGCGGCGCGAUGCGAUCCGUUCUGCUUCAGGAAGUGACCACCACGAUUUUGAAGAAGCCGCUCUCGCUCACGGCUCGAAUGGACGAAGAGAAUGCGAUGGGAGCGUGCCGAAUCUCCCAUCUACUGCGAGAAAAGCGAAUUACGUUCAAUGAGAAGCUGAAGAAUUGCGGAGUCAUGUUCGUGAAGAGCGCAGGGAAGAUGUACUACUUCGUGAAUUGCUCGGAUGAGUAUUUGAAUGGGUUGAAGGAGUCCAUGUGGCAGUCGCUGAGCGAGUGCAGUCCGGAGGAAUUGGCGCAGUGUAGUGAGGAAAAGGGUGUGAAGUAUUUGCUGAAUAAAACGAAAGAGGACGAAGAAGAAAGCAAGCAAGUCACGAAGACGCAUGAUUAUGUGGAUGCGGUUCUGGUCUCUGUGAAUAACUUUAUCACCCGAAAUCAGCUGAACGAUCCCCAAAAUCCGAUCAAUGUCAAAUACAAAGAGUACCAGAUGAAAUGCGUCAAGCCAGCGACCUUUGCGACAAAGGAAGCGCGAGAGAAUAUCAAGCGCGAUUUGGAUGAAUGGUGCAAGCAGAACAAUAUCCCGAUCGAUGAGAAUGCUGGGAAAUACGUGCCUUCGCUUAUGGGAAAUCAGUACAAUGGACUCAAUUCGCAACACUCGGCAUCGAAUUCGCAGCAGAAGAGUAAUUCUUCCGAAAACCAGCCUUCUGCUAACUCAAUGGCGCCAUCCAAGCACGCUUCUUCUUUCCAGGAUCAGACAAAUGAUGGCAGAGCUUCCGUCUCUCCAACUCAGACCGCCCCAAUCGGCGGAAAUUUGUCUUCAUCAAAUCAGCUCAAUGGCAGUUCUGUGCCAGAAUCAAUUCAACCGAGCAGCCAGUCAGUACCGACUACUUCCAACACCAAUCCGAAUGUCCCCUCUAAUGUGAAUGUGAUAUGCGACCCUGCUUUAUCGGCUACCGAGCAACAGCCAAGUGUAAGUAACCCCACAGUGCUGAAUCCUCCUUUUAUUUCCGGUCCAACUCAAGUUGACAGUGCUUCUAUUCCCACUCCUCCUACCGUUCCUCCUACUGUUACAACUCAAGAUACAGAACUUUCUAUCUCCAUUCCUCUUUCUUCUUCUGCUACUGCUGAUGCUACUGCUGCGCCCAAUGGACCAAUGAACAUUCCCAUGAUUUCUCCUCCUACCAGUGGAAUCAAUUAUACGCAAUCUGGUUCGAUCACCUAUUCUGUAAAUCGUUCUCUGAAUAACAAUGCUAUUGGUGGUAUUUCUUCUACGAAUUCAAAUCCGGAAAACUCUUCUCUGUUUAUCCCAAAUCCUGUUCUAUCGAAUUCUACUGUCCCUCAAAACAACGAGAUAUCUUUAAAUGGUGAUAAUAAUCAUUCUCAACCAAGUAAUGCUUCUGGUGAUUCGAUUUCUCCUCCACCUGUCGAAAAAGGAACUGGCCGAGAGAUGAACGAGAAAUACAGGAAUCAAGCCCCUGAAAAUCCUGCUUACAUAGAUAGGUCUGGUGUAUCGGAGGAUGUGGCUCCAAACCCCCCCACCCUUUGCACAUCAACAUUAAAUGAGAAUGAUGGUAAUGUUCCCACUCAGCAUAAAAAUGAAGACGAGAGUGAUCAUCAAGAUCAAGAUGCAGAAUAUGAUAGUGAUGACGAUUGCAAGAAAGGCUGUACUUGUUACUGA